UUUUAAAGUUAUUAUGUUGGCAGGCCUCAAUCAUUUGCCUUAUUUGACGUCUAUUUAUUUACCCUUCUGUUGAAUUAUUUGUAAUUUUUAGGUGAUUUACAAUCCAUAUCAAAAUGGCAAUGUCAAAGACAACAAAUACGUACAACAGACAAAAUUGGGAGGAUGCCGACUUCCCCAUACUUUGCCAAACAUGUUUAGGAGACAAUCCGUAUAUUAGAAUGACAAAGGAAAAAUACGGCAAGGAGUGUAAAAUUUGUGCGAGACCGUUUACAGUGUUUCGUUGGUGUCCCGGUGCGAGAAUGAGAUUUAAGAAAACUGAAAUAUGUCAAACGUGUAGCAAGUUGAAGAACGUGUGUCAAACUUGCUUAUUAGACUUGGAGUAUGGUCUGCCAAUUCAAGUGCGGGAUUCUGCUUUGAAGAUGCGUGACGAUUUACCUAAAAGUGAUGUCAAUAAGGAAUACUACAUCCAAAAUAUGGAACGAGAAUUGGCCAGGGCGGAAUCGGGUGCUGUUAUCGGUACGCGUACUGGGGAGCCCAACGAUUUAUUGAUGCGAUUGGCGAGAACUGCGCCUUAUUAUAAAAGAAAUAGGCCGCACGUCUGUUCCUUUUGGGUUAAAGGUGAAUGUCGACGAGGAGAAGAAUGUCCCUAUCGCCACGAGAAGCCUACCGAUCCGGAUGACCCGUUGGCAGAUCAGAACAUUAAAGAUCGGUAUUAUGGCAUCAAUGAUCCUGUAGCGGAUAAACUUCUCAAACGGGCAGCUGCCAUGCCCGCCUUACCUCCUCCGGAAGAUAAAACUAUUACCACUUUGUAUAUUGGUAAUUUGGGAACGUUAAAUGAGCAAGACAUAAGGGAUCAUUUCUAUCAAUAUGGUGAAAUACGUUCAAUCAGUCUGGUACCAAAACAGCAGUGCGCGUUCGUACAAUACACUACAAGAUCAGCAGCAGAAAAUGCGGCAGAAAAAACAUUUAAUAAAUUAAUCCUGGGCGGUAGAAGACUAACAAUUAAGUGGGGUCGUUCGCAAGGUAGACAGGGACCCACAAUUGGCAAUCCCACAGCAGAACUAUUUGAACCAGUACCCGGCCUUCCAGGAACUCUUCCAGAGUUGAGCAACAACUUUUUCAAUUUAGAACCCGGACACAUACCGCUACCUAACAUGCCGCCACCGUCAUCAUUAAUGGUACCUCCCAUGUUUGCACCGCCACCGAUGCCUCCUUUCUUUUUUACGCCAACGCAAGCAUCUGCAUUCGUUCCACCAGUGUCAAGUAGUCUUAGUACGGCUAGUAGUAGUACCGCAAGUAACGGGGACGUUAGCGGGAAACCAACUGUGCAUUAUCCUAGUCAAGACCCUUCUAGAUUAGGCGCGACACAAUUGUUAGCUGAUAGGCAGGAAUAGUAACGAAGCUACGAAGAUCAUCUUCACUUAGAAUAAGAACAAUGUUAUAGAAGAUAUGAUAAUAAUAAAAACAAUGCGUUUCUGAUCUUUUAUGGCA